AUGUCUCGGAGCGUCACCUACAAUGGCGUUGAAAGCGCCACAGGAGGGACUAUUUUCAAGGACAUGGUCUUCUGGGUUGCUCAGCGAGUGCCGAUGAGGAACACCAUUCUCAGCCACAUUACAAACAACGACGGUAAAGUCGUGCCACUCGAAAAAGAUGCACAUAUUCUCAUCGCGGAUCAUGCCAGGAAGGAUGCCCCCCCAGACUCGUAUUCAUGGAAGUACAUCACCGAAUCUGUCGAGCAUGGGUAUGCACAGCUGACGGAUCGGUAUCGUAUAUUUGGCCACCCAGAGACUGCCAGCGUUCAUGUUGGUCCCAGCGCGCCGGUGAAGCAUACGCGAACUCCAUUCUCCGCUGCUGACGAUGCUGCCCUGGCAAACUGGGUGUUGACUCACGGUCAAGGUCGCAACGGCAAUAAGAUCUUUCAAGCUUUUGCCGAGACGCAUCCUUGGCAUACGUGGCAGUCUUGGAGGAGCAGAUUUGUCAAGUCUUUAGCAAAUCUCCCCAUCGCGGACCUUGAGAGGCUGGCCAUGUCUGCCGCAGACUUGGCUGUCCAAGCCACAAAACCUGCCACUCGGCCAGCUUCUGACCAAGCUGGUCCAAAACGACAGGCCGAACAGCUACCCAAACCAGCACGAACCCCCGGAAAGGCACCAGCCAAGCAAGUAGUCCGCACCUCUCGGCUGCAGGCGCAUCAACCGACUUCUACCAGUCCCGACAAUGUCCAAAUCACCUCUGCAUCUGCAAUGAGAAAGGAACGGCAAGCUGAGAAGGCACCCAUUUCGUCAACAAAAUCUGGAGAGAGCGAUGUCGAUACCCAAGAAACAAUGAAGGGUGAAUUCUACGCCGAUUUGCUCAUCUUCGCCGAGGAAACUGGAGUCGAGUUCGACCCAGAUCCACGUGUUGGCGAUAAAGUCGUCGAUUUAUGGGAUUUGAGUCGGGCGGUCGCUGUACAAAAGGUGCCACUAGGAGAAGUGGAUUGGAUAAAGGUUGCCGAAGACUUGAAAUACAACUGGGUGGAAAACACUGGCGUAGCAGCGGAACUGCAACAGUGCUAUACGGAUAACCUGGCGGACUUUUUUGAAGCCAUGGCUGGCUUUGCUUCCAACCUCGAUGAAGACGUCGAAGAUGAGCAACGCUCCGGGCCCCUACCUCCCGAAAGUGAUCCCCUGUCACCCAACCCCCCUCAACGCCGCAACCAAAAGAGGUCUUUGGAUGAUCACAUUCCGCCUGGGCUAGAAGGCUCAUCAAAGCGGAGACGACUGAGUCGCGACGCAGAAAUACCAUCAACACCGGAUGACAUAACAGGUGUUCCGACGACGCAGUCACCCAGUGUUAUGAAAGCCAAGCAGUCACGACAGGCAUACUCUAGCUCUAAGAAGACUUCUGCCCCAUUGAAACUGCCUCGUGCUAUUGAGGAUGAAGAACUUGACGAUGAUGAUGAGGCUGAGGCCCAAGUCAGACGGAUUCCACAGCUGGACGCCCAACAAAGCACGCUCGACGUGACACCUUCACAGCAGCUGCGUUCUGAGGCUUUGGACGUAACCCCCAUUCCAUUAAACUUGGGAGAAGGCCGUGGAGAGCCAAACGAACAGUGGGCUGGCGGCGCGGGUUCAUCUCAGGAACUGGAGGUUUCAACUUCCAAGAGCAAGGCAACAAGCCAAGUGAGCAAACGAACAUUGCCUGCAAGUUUCAUGUCACCUCUAAAGCGAUCAUCUCCCCAGCAAGCUGAAGCAAGAGCCCGGCAACCGUCAGCGUCCGUUCGAGAAGACCCGGAAGAAGAAGAACGGAACAGCCAAGACAUACGCUACUGGAUGGAACACUAUGAGUCUCUUGGCUACUCGCGUCCCAUUGUCAUCGAAUCACUCAGGCGCACCACAAUGACGCCGGGCUGGCCCACGAGCUUACUCCUGGAAAUGCUGAAGAAUAAACAAGACGUGCCUUCGAAUUACGAGGGAAUCUGGACCGACCGUGAUGACCAGAGCUUGCGAUACGCGGACGCUGUCAAGGCUCGCCGCAAGUCUUCUGCGAGCACGAGGGCGUUGAACAAGGCGGAGAAGGAGCUUGAUCGGAUUGUACACAAACACACCCAGGAAGCGGUCGAUCUCAGGCGGCGAUUCCUGCGGGCGCAAGCCAGCAUGCGCUGGGAUUGA